CAUUGUUCAUGUUUCACCCUGUUUUUUCAUUCCCCUGUCUGCAAUCAACUUCUUCAUUCCAAUAAGGCGGGGCACAGACUGGUGUUAGUAUUAGGAGACCUUCACAUCCCACAUCGAUGCAACAGCCUCCCAGCUAAAUUCAAAAAGCUGCUGGUCCCUGGAAAGAUCCAGCACAUCCUCUGCACUGGAAAUCUCUGUACCAAGGAGAGCUAUGACUACCUCAAGACUCUGGCUGGGGAUGUCCAUAUUGUUAGAGGAGACUUUGAUGAGAACCUGAAUUAUCCGGAACAGAAAGUUGUAACUGUUGGGCAGUUCAAAAUUGGGCUGAUCCAUGGCCAUCAAGUUAUACCAUGGGGAGAUAUGGCCAGCCUGGCACUGCUACAAAGGCAAUUUGAUGUGGACAUUUUAAUUUCAGGGCAUACACACAAAUUUGAGGCAUUUGAGCAUGAAAACAAGUUCUACAUUAACCCUGGAUCAACCACAGGAGCUUAUAGUGCCCUGGAGAAUAACAUCAUUCCUUCAUUUGUGCUGAUGGAUAUCCAGGCUUCCACGGUAGUUACCUAUGUGUACCAGCUAAUUGGAGAUGAUGUGAAAGUAGAAAGAAUUGAGUACAAAAAGCCCUAAAUGAAUUAUCUGGUGCUCUUUUUAUCAUCUCACUCCCUCUUGUUCUAGUCAAACAACUAAGCAUUCAAGAACCACAAGCUGUCUGCAAUAUUUGCUUGUUUACAGUUUAACUUGUUUGUAGCCUAUAAUCAUGUAACUAGUUUAACACAUAGCUUCAAAAGAAUGCACACUCUUGCUUGUUUUCUAUGUAUGGUUGAGCUUGUAAAAUAUGCUGUUAUGAUGAAAAAUCCAUACGUAUAUAAUCCAUCUUGUUAAACAAGUAUCUUUAAUGUUGUAACCUUAUUUCAGUCAAGUUUUUAUUUCUAUACAAUUUUGAAUUGUAAAACCAUUAAAGCGAAGUUAUGUGUAACAGUUGAACUUGA